CGCUUCGCCCUCGCUCGGCUCCGGCUGGUUCCGCCGCCGUGCGCGCCGCCCGCGCUCCUGCUGCGGCGAAGCUGCCCGCCCGGGAGCCAAUUAGCGCUCGGCUAGGCGGGGUCCACUUCCUCGUCGGCCCGGCGCGCGCUCUGGACUGCUCCGGCGGCCGCGGGGCGGGGCGGGGCACUCGGCGGAGCCGCUCAGCCUGCGUCCGCUCUUCCCGCAGCCAAGGGUGGGCGCCGGUCCUAGGAGGCGCACGGUUGUAAGCCAGACAAAAAGAACUGGGGUGCCCGGAGUGCCAGGUGGCGGGCAAGCGGUGGGCUUUUCGGCGGGGUCUUUAGGAUUUGCAGCUCCUGGAAGCGAGAUGUCGAAGCCGCCACCCAAACCAGUCAAACCAGGGCAAGUUAAAGUCUUCAGAGCCCUGUAUACGUUUGAACCCAGAACUCCAGAUGAAUUAUACUUUGAGGAAGGUGAUAUUAUCUACAUUACUGACAUGAGCGAUACCAAUUGGUGGAAAGGCACCUCCAAAGGCAGGACUGGACUAAUUCCAAGCAACUAUGUGGCUGAGCAGGCAGAAUCCAUUGACAAUCCAUUGCAUGAAGCAGCAAAAAGAGGCAACUUGAGCUGGUUGAGAGAGUGUUUGGACAACAGAGUGGGUGUUAAUGGCUUAGACAAAGCUGGAAGCACUGCCUUAUACUGGGCUUGCCACGGGGGCCACAAAGAUAUAGUGGAAAUGCUAUUUACUCAACCAAAUAUUGAACUGAACCAGCAGAACAAGUUGGGAGAUACAGCUUUGCAUGCUGCUGCCUGGAAGGGUUAUGCAGAUAUCGUCCAGUUGCUUCUGGCAAAAGGUGCUAGAACAGACUUAAGAAACAUUGAGAAGAAGCUGGCCUUCGACAUGGCUACCAAUGCUGCCUGUGCAUCUCUCCUGAAAAAGAAACAGGGAACAGAUGCAGUUCGAACAUUAAGCAAUGCCGAGGACUAUCUCGAUGAUGAAGACUCAGAUUAAUUCCUUUCUGGAGCUUUGAGAUCUAAAACUUCUGUUGCUUUUGCCAUUCCAAAACUUUGUCUUUGCCAGAAAAGUGUUGGUAACUAUAAAGAAAAGUAUAUAUGAACACGGCAGUGUUGCACUGUGUUUGAGUAGAACGUGUAAAUGAAUUGUUCCCACCUUUGGUUUGCCAGUAAGUGACUGGAUUCUUGGUUGUAUAAAAUACAUUUGUGUUCACCAAAGUAGAACAAGAAGAGAUUAUUUCUAUUCAUCAAGCAAAAGGAAUUUUAAGAUUUUUUUUUCUUUAAAAACAAAUUAGGAUUUUUUUUUUUUUUUUUUUUUUUUUUUAGUUAAAGUGCUUUACCUCAAUGGUUGAGAUAUUUUGAAUGGAUUUUUCAAGGGGGGAAAAUGCUUAUUAUAAUAAUAAACCAAAAUACUUAACAGAAAAUUGUCAGCUAUUCUGACAAAAAUAAACAUUUUGAGAGACUUUA